AUGACUGCCUUAGGACAAUUUUUCAGCUCCUCAAGACAAUUCAUUGUUGUUGGCGCCUCAAGUAACCCAGAUAAGUUUGGCUAUAAAGUCUUAAAUUGGUAUUUAACUCGGUCACUUCCAGUGAUUCCAAUCAACCCAACCAGUAAGUCAAUUCUCGGGGUGAAUACAUGUGCUUCAAUCACUGAUGCCUUGAAUUUAGAGAAUUUGAAUGAAAACCAAGCUAUUGAUGGAUUUAGCGUCUCUUUUAUCACGGCACCAAAUGUUACACUAAAUAUUAUUCAAGAGUUGAUUGAGAAAGGAUACAAUAGCGAUGGAAAAUUAAAGGCGUUUUGGUUCCAGCCAGGAAGCUAUAAUAGCGAGAUCAUUAGAAAGUCUAAGGAGGAUUUAAAAGUAGACACAAUUAUCGGUAAUGAUUGUAUACUAGUGAAUGGCGAUUUUGGGAUUAGCGAGGCUAAACUAUAG